CGUAGAGGUGGCAUGAGGCUAAUUGAGAGAUAGAAAAAUGGAGAGGGGGUGGGGUGAUUAAGUUACUCGUUUUUAAGGAUGGAGAAGCCUUGCAGUCUUACCUCUCUCUGUCUCUGUGCAGUUCCCCCUCUCUUACGUUCUCUCUCUUUCUCUCGUUCUCUUUCUCUCUCCUUCUCUCUGUGAAGCCUGGAUCCAAUGGAAGCCAGCCUCUGUGUCUGAGUGAGCUUCCAGCACUGAGACGAGCACAUUUAUACUCUCUCUCUCUCUCUCCCUCCCUCCCUCCUCUCUCUCUCUCCCUACUCUCUCCUCUCCCUCCCUCCCUCCUCUCUCUCUCCCUCCCGCUCUUCUCUCUCUCUGUCGUUCAGCAGCUCUACCAGUCAGUCGUGUUUUUGCACCUCUACAGCUCCUGCUCGUUACCAGAAAAGGGGUUCAGAUGAGCCCUUUCUACCGAACCCCCCCACCCCACCCCACCCCACCCCACCGCCUCGUCGGCAUCACCUCCGUUUGAAGGGAUUCUUCUGCUCUAGCUGCUGGAGGGAAGCAGGUUUGGGAUGAGUCUGAUUUCGGGGUCCAGGUAACCCAGCCCUGUGAACACCCCCCCCCCCCCCACCCCCACCCCAAAGAGUGCUCAGCAAUGUCCACUUUUGAACUUACCGGCGGAGUUUUGAUUUCGACGUAGCGUCCGGAAAUAAAAGCGCAAAACAGACUGAAGGUUUUUUUUCUCUCUUGCCUCUGGACUGUAAAGUAACUGCUCCUUCUCCACAUUAUAGAAAAGUUUGUGUCUGAAAUCCUUGGAUUGUCCCAUCCAGCGUUUGUUCUUCUGGUGGUUUGUUCUUUUUUUGGAGGGGGGGUGGGGGGCGGGGGGCUGAGGUUCCACGUCUACCAAAGCGUACGGAUUCCUCGCCGCACCGCGAGUUGGAACUUUUGGAGGAAGACACCUUGCCCUUCGUCUCUUCCUGUUGUCUGCGCACCUGGCCUCCGACUUGGACCUGCUCCGGGUUCGGCCACAGAACCCCCGAUCCCCUUCUCCCCGACCGCGCUGGGGUCAUCCACUGUCUGCUUCUCCCGGUAGAACAAUCCGGCAACCCAGCAACAGCAGGGAAGUCUCCUGCACCUCUCCAGACUUCAGCUGGACCCCCCCCACCCCCACCCCCCACACUGGCAUGCAGGACACCUCUGUUUAAAGCUCACCUAGAUUACACUCGAACCCGAGUCGGGGGAGCGGCCGGAGGAUGGGUCGCUCUCGUUGUUUGGGAACGGGGAGGCCGCCGCCGCCGGAGCUGCUGCUGCUGCUGGCGUUCCUGCUGAGCUGGUGGGCGGGGCUCGCGCCGGCCACGCCCCCCACCAGGGAGAAGCAGGAAGUGGUCCUGGCGGUCGUCCUGCCGCGCAACAACACGAUGUACCCGUGGUCCUGGCCGCGCGUGGGGCCCGCGCUGCGCCGGGCGCUGGCCCGCAUCAACGCCGACCCCGCCCUGCUGCCCGCGCACCGCCUGCGCUACGUCUUCGCCAACAGCGAGAACGAGGCGGGCAUCUGCUCCGAGUCGGUGGCCCCGCUGGUGGCCGUCGACCUCAAGUUCUCCCACGACCCCUGGGCCUUCGUGGGGCCCGGCUGCGACUACGCCUCCUCCUCCGUGGGCCUCUUCACCACGCACUGGGGGCUGCCCAUGGUGACGGCCGGCGCCCCCGCCGUCGGCUUCUCCGGCACGCACGUCUACGACUCCAUCACCAACACGGGCCCCACGCACAAGAAGCUGGGCCAGUUCGCCGUGCACCUCCAGCGCCACUUCGGCUGGCGGGACCACGCCCUGCUGAUGUUCUGCGACAACAAGGUGGACGACCGGCCGUGCUACUUCGCCACCGAGGGGCUGUACGAGGGGCUGAUCCGCGAGAACAUCACCACCGCCGACCUGGUGCUCAACGAGCAGGCCGGGCCCCUCCCCUUCGACACCUUCCUCCAGGACAUCAAGCACAGCGGGCGCGUGGUGUACGUGUGCUGUGCGUGGGACACGUUUCGGGACCUGAUGGUGCACUUCCGGAAGGAGGGCCUGCCGCAGGAGGAGUACGUCUUCUUCUACAUCGACGUGUUCGGACGCAGCCUGGUCACCCAGCUGCCCCGCCCCUGGGCCAAGGGGGACGCCAAUGACUCCAUCGCCAAGGAAGCCUUUCGGAGCGUGAAGAUAGUGACCUACAGGGAGCCACAGAACCCCGAGUACAAGGGGUUUGUUUCGGACCUGAAGGCCGACGCAAAAGAGCUCUUCAACUUCACGGUGGAGGACUCGCUGAUGAACUUGAUCUCGGGGGGCUUCUACGAUGGGGUGAUGCUGUACGCCCAGGCCCUGAAUGAAACCCUCGCACUAAGUGGGGGCGGGGUACCCCCAGGGAAGGACAUCACCAAGAGGAUGUGGAACCGCACCUACCAUGGUGAGUGAAUGAGUAAGUAUGAGUGAGUGAGUGGG